AAAUCUCCGGGUACAUUUCACCCCCCAGAGAAGCAGUUAGUGUAGUCCUUCAGUUUCUCCUCAUCGUUGCAGCGGCAGAUACACCAAGCGUUGACCCGUAGCAGGAUGACUAGUGAAAUCAGCAACACCAUGGAGCAGGAGCAGGCCCAAAAUACAGAGGGGAAAGUCGUGAGGAGAAACGGCGUGUUUCGCUCCCUGGUGCACGGUCUCUUCUGGCCUUUCCGCAUCGUGGUACGAGCUUACCGCGGAUUUUGGUGGGUGCUAGGUUUCCGGCAGUCCCAGGAGAAAGGCCUUGCUAGUCCCGAGGUUACCAGUCCUACUCGUCAGAGCCUAGCUGGCCGAAAACGCCUGCACAGGGCCACCCGCCUACUGCUGUCCAUCCUGCCACGCUGGCUGCAGGGCGCCCUGGGAUACCCGGUGUCCAGCAGUAUCGGGCUCUCCCUCUCCCCAGAAAUCAGAGUCUCUCCUACUAAACCUUGUGGAAAGGGCAGCAAAAGAAAGCAGGAUGAGUUGGAUGAGGAUGAGGAAGAAGAUGAGGAGCAUCCGACCUGGGUGGAGGCCCUCACUCAGGAGCUGGCUGACGACGAAGCCCCAGAAGAGGAUCCUGACUAUGAGCCCAGCACAGUCGAGACUGAGAGUGAAGAGUACCGCUCACACAACAACACAGAAAGCGACAUUGAGGUUCAGGAAAAAGGUGUGGUGGUCAUUGAAGACGUGAAUACGGUUGUUGAGCCAUCCUCCCCAUCUGAAGUCACUUUAGCUGAUAAUUAAUGUGUACAUUGACAGUAUGUUGAAUGUUUUCAAUGUUUUUGUAUGUUUAUAUAUUAAUAAAACCUUUGCCUUGA